AUGGUUGCACGUGCUAAAUCAUAUCCAUUGCUUUCUCUUUUUCCUUAUUGCGUCUUCAAACAGCAGGCAUUUUUUUUAAGGCGGAACCACUUCUUCUUUUUCUUUGUUCCCUCCAACUACACUAACUCCCACUACUUCUCCAUUUUUCUCCCUGUAGACUUCCAUGUUGCUUUUCUUGUGUUUCUCUUUCUUCUCCAGUUUAUUGUUUUACGCUUUUUUUUCUUCUUUGUUAUCUUAUUCUUUUGCUCUUUAUUUUUUUCUUGCUUUUCUUUUUUCAUUAUUGCUAUCGUCUUCCUUUUCUUUUCUUCUUUUUUCUCAUUCCUUUUCUUUUUUUUAAUCUCACACGUUUCUCUCUAUAUUGUUAUUCUUUUUUCUUGUUUUCAUUCUUUUCCUUUUCCUUAUCACCUUUCUCUUUUAUUUCUAAUAUUAUUCAUUUUCCUCAUUCUUCUCACUAAUUUUCCUUCUUCUUUUCUUAUUCGAUUGUCUUCUCGUUCUUUGAAUUCUCUCUUUUAUCCUUUUCCUUUUUUGUUAUUCUUUUCACCAUUCAAUUGCAUCAAAUAUUUUCUUCUUUCCACUUCUUCAUUUUCUUCUUGUGCUUCUCUUUCUUCUUCUAAUGCCCUUAUAUUUAUGAACUUCCAUUCUUUGGUCAUCUUUCUAUUCUUCACUUUCUUUCCUUACAUCUCUUCUUCUUCUUCUUCUUUUCUUCUUCUUGCAAGCUGA